GCGCUCUCGAGCGCAGGUCCUCUCGCCGCUCUCGCGCACCUCUCGCUCCCGCCCUCCGAGUCGCGCUCCCCGCCGCGCGCGAGCGUCGCCCGCCCGCACGAAUGCCAGACGCCGCCGCUGGCGACCCGUACUGGGUCCCGCUCGGCGUCAAGCGCUCGGGAAUGAUCGCAGUCGCCUCGGCGGCGACCGUCUCGCUCGUGUUCAUCUCGGCGCUCCUCACGUACGUCGCGACGCUCCUGUGGCGACAUCGGCGUGCGGCGAGGAGCGCGCACGGGCAUGGGCACGGGCACGGGCGCGUCGAGCGCGAGUCGAGGGCCAUGCGGUUCUUGGCGUCGUCGCACGGCGUCGCGUUCGCGAGCUUGUUGACGGGCGACCUACUUCAAGCCCUCGGCUUCAGCCUCACGUACCAUUGGCUCGCACUCGGCGCCGUACCAGCACCCGCACACCCGACCGCCCUGUGCACGGCGCAGGCCGUCCUUAUCCAGGUCGGCGACAUCGGCAGCGCCUUCUCGGCCCUCAUCAUCGCCGCCAACCUGUUCGCCAUCAUCGUCCUCAAGCGCACGGCAUCGUUCGCGGUCCUCCUGUCGGCCAUCGCGUUCGCGUGGAUCGGCUCGGGCGUCCUCGCAGGCGCCGGGCCCGCCGCCUUUCCUCCUCGCCCGGGUCGCCUCCCGUUCUACGGGCCCGCCGGCGGGUGGUGCUGGAUCGGCGCCGGGAACCAGACCGAGCGUCUCACGCUCCACUACCUGUUCGUCUUCAUCGUCGCCCUGUCGACCUUCAUCCUGUACUCGGCGAUCGCGCUCCGCAUCUGGUGGCGGCGGCGGCAGCUCGGCGGCGACGCGACCUUUAGCGGCGGCACGACCAACGUCGCCAAGAUCAUGCUCAUCUACCCUGCCGUGUACGUCGCGACCAUCCUGCCCAUCUCGGUCUACCGGUGCGCCGCCAUGGCCGGUCACACGUGGCCGAUCGAGUACGCGCUCGCCGGCGGCGCCAUCUUUACCCUGUCGGGCGCCGCCAACUGUACGGUGUAUGCCGUGACGAGGCACAUCGUGUCGUUUGACGGCAUCGGCGAGGCCUUGAGGCGAGGGAGCGGCAGUGGGUCGUUCGGGCGCUCUUUCGACGUCCGCCGCCUCUCCGUGUUCACGACGCACCGACCCUCUCUCGACCCCUCCCAGCACUCGACCGAGCCGCCCCGCCCCUCGUUCAUCUCGCGACUGCGCGCGCUCUUUCACGAGGCCGAUGAGCCGUCCUCGUCCGCCGAGUCGAGCCCGACGCUCGCAGGCGCCGUGCGCAUCAAGGUCGAGACGGACGUCGCGGACCCGCACGGCGGCGGCCAGUCGGCCUCGUCGCGCCUCGGCGAGUACACGACGGUCCAGUGGGGCGUCCCGGGCGGCACGGCGGCGUCGCGCGGCCGAGAGAGGAGGCCGAGCGUCGCGGUGAGCCCGCUCGAGGGCCGGCCGUUCUCGCAGCUCGACCCGGUCGCGCGCAGGAGGGAGUGCGAGCGAGAGAAGGACGGCGAGCUCGCGCACGAGGUCAAGGACACGGGCGAGAUCGAGCAGGUCGAGGAGGAGCAGGAGGCAGAGCGCGAGCAGGGUGUGCGGCGGCGAGAACCGGCUUAGUUGUACCCUCGAGUAGACGACGAGUAUUCGCAAAGACAUGUCAUGGUUCCCCUCUCG